AUAGGUCAGUCGAUCGCGUCGCGUCAGUUUGGCUCGGUGCUUCUAGGUGACCUGUGUUUGUAACCUAAGUCUGUGUCAAUUGAGCUAACAUGUCGGUGCCCACCAUCACGUUCAACAACGGCUACACCUGCCCCGUCAUCGGCCUCGGGACGUGGAAGUCGAAGCCGGGCGAGGUGCGGGCGGCGGUGGAGGCGGCCAUCGACGCCGGAUACCGCCACAUCGACUGCGCGCACAUCUACGGCAACGAGAAGGAGGUCGGGGAAGCCCUCGCCAAUAAGAUCAACCAGGGCGUCGUCGGAAGAAAGGACUUAUUCAUAACGUCGAAGCUGUGGUGCACGUACCACCGGCCCGACCUGGUGGCGGGCGCGCUGCGGACCACGCUGCACAACCUCGGCCUGCAGUACCUCGACCUCUACCUCAUACACUGGCCGCAGGCUUUCAAGGAGGAAGCCGAAGAGUUCCCAGUGGACGAGAACAAGAAGGUGAUCCCGUCGAGCGUGGACUACGUGGACACGUGGCGGGCCAUGGAGGCGCUGGUGGAGGCGGGGCUGACGCGCAGCAUCGGCCUCUCCAACUUCAACCGCCGGCAGACGGACCGCGUGCUCGGCGCCGCCAGAAUCAAGCCCGCCGUCAUGCAGAUCGAAGUCCACCCUUACCUGAACCAGGAGAAGCUGAUCAGCUACUGCCGGGGGGCGGGGCUCGCCGUCACCGCGUACUCCCCGCUCGGCUCCCCCGACAGACCCUGGGCCAAACCCGGCGACCCCAACCUCAUGGAGGACCCCCGCCUCAAGGCCAUCGCCGACAAGUACGGCAAGACCAUCGCGCAGGUCCUCAUCAGGUACGCGAUCGACCGGUCGCUGAUCGUGAUCCCGAAGUCUGUGACGGCGAGCCGCAUCCAGCAGAACUUUCAGGUGUUCGACUUCCAGCUGACGGCGCAGGACCUCGCCGCCGUCGCCGCGCUCGAGUGCAACGGCCGCCUCUGCUACAUCGGAGACACACAUCAUCCAGAUUAUCCAUUCCAUGACGAGUACUGAUUUGGGCCGCGCACUGACUACUUAUAACUGAAGAUUUAAUUGAAAUUAAAUUUAAGUGAAAUAUUUAAAACCAUUGUUAAAUGAAUAAACGCUUAAUUAAGUAA